AACCCCAGCGGGUCACUCAACACCCCCCCCCCCGCUGGGAUAGGUGGAAGACACGAGCGCCUCUGCAGCGCUGGCACUGGGAGAUGAACCCAAGACCUUUGGCUCUGAUUUGACCAUGAACGAAGUUUUUCAGCCGCUGCUGGAUAAAUGCGUCAUCGUGUACCUCGACGACAUCUUGAUCUACAGCACUACCCGGGAACAACUUUUGAAGGAUUUGGAAGCAGUUUUCUCUCUCCUUCAGCAGAACCCACUCAUCACCAAGGGCUCUAAGUGCAAGUUUCUAAAACACGAACUAGAGUUUUUGGGCCACGUCAUUUCCAUCGAUGGUGUUAAAAUCGACCCUAAGAAGAUCGCGACCAUACAAGACUGGAAGCCGCCGGCUACUCUCCGCGAACUUCAAAGUUUCCUGGGGUUUGUAAAUUACGUUCGCCGGUUCAUCCCGAACAUGGCGGGGGUAACCUCCCCUUUUACGGAUCUCCUAAAGAAAGGCACGUUUUAUGAGUGGGGGGGAGAGCAGCAGGCUGCGUUCGACCAGCUCAAACUUUUCCUAACUACACCUCCGGUUCUUCGAAUUGCAGAUCCUCACCGUCCGUUCGAGCUCAUCACCGACGCUAGCAACCUAGCUGUUGGCGCAGUACUGUUACAGGACUUCGGCAAAGUACUUCAACCCAUCGCCUACGAGUCACGAAAGCUGAACCCGGCCGAGCGAAAUUAUCCUGUCCACGACAAGGAGUUACUCGCCAUCGUGCAUGCUUUCAAGGUCUGGCGCUGCUACCUGACGGGCGCUGACGUGACGGUCCGAACAGACCACAAAUUGCUACAGUUCAUCCGCGCCCAACCGACACUAAAUCCUCGACAGAUUCGCUGGCUCGAUUACCUCGAGUCGAACUUCCACUACAGUGUCACCUACAAACGGGGGGUUAGCAACAUCGCCGACGCACUGACCCGCCCUUCAAUCCACACCGCCGCAGUCCUAAUUACCCAAACUAAUCUGCUGCUAACUGGCCUAUUCACCCACGGAUAUAGUACCGAUCCCUUCUUCACCACUAACAGUCAUCCCCAACUGACGCCGCUCGAGCCACCCAGCCGACCCUGGCAACAAGUGACGAUGGAUUUCGUCACUGGCCUGCCAGCUGGUUCAAGCGGUAACGAUGCGAUUCUCGUCAUCGUGGACCAAUUGAUCAAGAUGGCCCAUUUCGCCGCCUGCAAGACGACAAUCACUGCCGAUCAGAUAGCGAAACAGUUCCUCGCGAACAUCGUGCAGCUACACAACAUUCCUUCGGCAAUCAUCAGCGAUCGCGUCCCUCGGUUCACAUCCAACUUCUGGAGAAAAGCCUUGCCGCAGUAUGGCAUACGUCUGCAUUUGUCCACGGCAUACCACCCGCAAUCAAAUGGCCAGACUGAGCGCGCCAAUCAGACGAUGGAGCAGUUGAUUCGCAAGACGUGCACAACCCCGACCCAAUGGGAAGAUUCCCUUCCCUUGAUCGAGUUCGCGUACAACAACGCCCCAUCAGCCCCGACUACUCAGUCCCCGUUUUUUCUCAAUUACAGGAUAGACCCGACAACCCAUCUAUCGCCACCGAUAGAAAAUCCGGCACCGAGAUCCCAGCAGAUCGUCGAAAAUCUCUAACAAACUCUGCAAAAAGCAGCCGAUGCC